ACACACGGUCGCCGAGGACUUCCACCGCCGGAAGUUGUCAACUGUCGUUCGCCGCCAGUGCCGCAGUGUGUGUGUGCGUGUGUGUAAAACGCGAAAUACUCCGUCCAACCCAACAACAACAACAACAACAACAACAAGAAAAUAAAAACAACAAGAAGUGAAGCCGCAGCUCCUGCAGGACCCGCCAGCCGCAAAACCGAAUCAUUAAUAAAGAAAAGCCCAGCCGUCGACAUUAUUGUUUCGUGGUCGCCUCGUGUUGACACGGCUUAAAUGGGGCAUUAAGUGCUCCGCAGUGCUCAUAUAUUUUAUAUAUUCCGUGCUAAUCUGAAGUGCAAAACUCGCCUGUCCGAUUGGGGCGCAAAAAAGGAUUAAUCUCCGGAGUCCCCGGCAUCAUCGCAUCGGACGCAAAGCUGAUUGCCUUUCCCCUGCCAUAUAAGAUCUGGACUUUAACGAGGACACGAAUGGGAAGGCAGUUCAGGAGGAGGCACUGACCAGACGUGCACAAAGUGACAAGCGAUAGCCACAAAACAACACUGAGAGAGGAGGGGAGAAACCAGGAGGAAGUUGACAGGAGCUCAGCCAAUAAAAGCCAAACGAACCAGUCUGGACCAAAUUCGGACACACCGAUGCAUAAGGCAGGAGGAGGAGGAGGCACCAGCACAACUCCAGCAGAGGAAGAGCAGCAGCAACCGCAGCAAAACAAAACUGGAAAAGUUGCUCCAAAAGAGCCCGAGGAGAGGGGACAGGCCGGAAGCCGGGGCUGAAAAGUUCCCAAAUUUGGUAGACAGAACUGCUUCCAAGCCCCAACCGGAACAGUUAGCAGUUGGAAUUUGAUUUUAACGCUUCUCGUAGAGAGACUGUUUGUGGCACCAGCAGCUGACAACCAUCACCAAAAGCAGGUCCAAUUCAAAUCAGCAGCAGCGGGAAAACUUCACCCGGAAACUCCUCCACCCUCAAACUCAAAUCCAAAGCCACGCAUCGAUGGCCACACAUUGAGAUUGGCUGUCACAGAGUCACAGAUCGUGAGGAAGUGGGGCUGUGGAAAUGUUCGUCACCCUGGGCGACACAUGCUCUGACAAUUCAUAGACUCCCCACGGAACCCACUAAGCAUAACCAUCACCAUGGUCCGCCAUCCGCCGAUCCUCCCACUGCUCCUCUGCCUCGCGGCUUGCACUUGGUGGGUGCCCUCGGUCAGCGGCUAUCUGAACAUUUUCAUCAGCCACCACGAGGUGAUGAAACUGAUGGGACUCGAGGCGGACCUGUUCUAUGUGCACGAGGGAUCCAUCAACACGUACGCGAUGCACUUCACCGUCCCGGUGCCCGCGGACGUCCACGAGCUGGAGUUCUCCUGGCAGAGCCUCAUCGCCUACCCACUGCCCUACUCCAUCAGCAUUGAGUACAGCAACGACCAGGAGGCACUGGGCACGCCCACGCUGAGCAUCCCGCACAAGGGUUUGGUGCCGCAGGAGAUCGAGUCCUUCCUGGUCUACCUGCCCUGCACGGGCAACGUCAGCCUGCAGCUACCCGUCAACGUCAACAUGGUGGUGCGUGCUCCUCCCCGCUACAACGACACCCGGCUCCACUUCAAGCGCAACAAGAUCUGUGCGAAAGGCAUCUCACCUGAGCCCAAUCAGUCGCCCGCCCCUGCCCACGCCCCCUCCCAGGGACCCGCCCUCCUGAGCGCCGCCGCCUGUGCUCUGGGCCUGGUUUUGGCCGUGGGCCUUGUGGCCAGCAUGAUGUAUGUGAGGGCGCGCAAGCAGCUCCGCCAGGACUCGCUACACACGAGCUUCACCACCGCAGCUUAUGGCAGCCACCAGAACGUGUUUAUCCGGCUGGAUCCCCUCGGAAGGCCUCCGAGUGCCACGGGGUCCUACGCCACCAUCGCCAGCCUCAACAAAUACCCGGCGGAGAGCAAGAAGUCGUGCAGCAUAUUCGACCGUUUCCGAAGCUCUCCCACUCCCACCCCGUACGCCACAGCCCUGCUGCCCAUGAACCACGAACAGGCCGCAGAGACGAUUUACUCCAAGCCAGAGUCGAUCUGUCCCUCGAGGAUUUCCUACUACGCCUCCUCGCAGCUGACCCAGGCCUGCAGCAUGUCCACGCCGAAGAGCAGCCGCGGCAUUGGCCAGUGCAACAGCGGCAGCGGGAGUUUGAGUCUGUUUGGGGGCAUUGCCACUGGGAGCACCAUCACCAUGGCCAGUCAUGGUCACGGCCAGGAGAAGGCCAACCAGCGUCUGCGCCGCAUACCCAGCGUCCAGCCAGGUGCCUUAAGCUACGAGGAGCUCAUCAAGGAGGGCACCUUUGGCCGCAUCUAUGCUGGCAAACUGGGCGAGUCCUGCGAUGCCCUGGUCAAGACGGUCAUCGAUGGCGCCUCACUCACCCAAGUGGCCUGUCUCCUGCAGGAUGCCUCGCUGCUGAUUGGUGUCAGUCAUCAGCACAUCCUGGCACCGCUGCUGGCCAAUACAGAACUACCGGGUCCGCCGGAGAUCGCCUAUCCCUAUCCGUCCAAGGGCAAUCUAAAGAUUUACUUGCAAAAGUCACGGGACUCCAGCACGGCCUUGAGCACCCGCCAGCUGGUUGAGUUUGGCCUGCACAUCACCAAGGGCCUGGCCUACCUGCAUUCCCUGGGUAUCGUCCACAAGGAUAUUGCCACACGCAAUUGCUACCUGGACGAGGACUCCUACGUGAAGAUCUGCGACAGCGCCCUGUCCCGCGACCUCUUCCCGGACGACUACGACUGCCUGGGCGACAACGAGAACCGGCCACUGAAGUGGCUCUCGCUGGAGUCUCUCCAGAAGCGGGUGUACGCCACCCAGGGGGAUGUGUGGGCGCUGGGCGUUACCUACUGGGAGCUGGUCACUCUGGCCCAGAUGCCGCACGAGGAGGUUGAUAUAUUCGAGCUUACCAAUUACUUGGCCGCCGGCUUCCGGCUGGAGCAGCCCGUCAACUGCCCCGAUGAAUUCUUCACCGUUAUGAACUGCUGCUGGCACAGCGAGGCCAAACAGAGGCCGACGCCCUCGCAGCUGCUGUCGUAUCUGCAGGACUUCCAUGCGGAUCUGGGCAUGUACAUCUAAGCGAGAGGAGGGACUCAAGGACUCAAGGACUCUGGGGAGCGAGGAGCGAAGCCUAAGAUAAAUUAAUUGAAACUUUUGCAUUUUAAAUGUGAGAUUAAAUGUGAAUUUACCUGUUAGAGUUCGGCGCAAAACCAAUUAAAAUUAAAGCCAGCUAACUUCAGAUGCGUAAGCAACACACGAACACACAAUAGAACACAGCUGCACGCUAAGGGUGGACCUCAAUGGGUUGAGAGAUUAGCUAUUAAAGGGUUAACUACAUGUGAAUAAACAUUGAAGGAAAGGCUAAAGCCGUUAAAGCCCAAGUAUGAACAAGGUAAAAGCUAAGGCCACGCGGCGUAUGCGUAAUGCAAUUUAUAAGGCAGGGGCCACACGGCGGAUGAACGAUAUCAACCUUUACCAUGUCAUCAAUAUUGCAUAAGGACCACACUGCGUAUCAGUGAUAUAAAUUAAAAUCCAAUCACUGUCCUUAAAGCACACAGCAAGCUGAUACAAUUUAUAAACAACUCAAUGCCCUUAAGCCCCGCCUAGGACAUCACAAGUCAAACGGCAAUUGAGGUCCACCCGAUAAUAUAACAAACAGUUUAUGGCCAGUCGAUGAUAUAAGGAAAACUACUGAAAAGGUGGUUUGAGCAUAACGUAAAACUGAGCAUUUAAGUAGCUAGCAAUUGAAUAACAAACACUCAGACACUCACACACACUCAGAUACAGACCGUAAAUGAUAAAUGAAUGUGAAUUAUUGAUGUGCAUAUUUUAUUGAAUGUGUGUAGAAGCAUAAGGAAAGGGUAAGGAGGUAGAGAAGGAAGCCUAAGAAAAGGAAAGCACCGAAAGGGGAGUUGAGAUGCGACAACAGGAUGCGGAAUCUUUUGUUCUCGAAUGUUGUCCUCGAUUGUUACGAAAGCGAUAUAUUUAUUUACCUUGAUUAUUAUUAUUAUUACUAUUGCGUACAUGUCAUAAGGGAGGAAGUUCAAAACAGAAUCUGAAUCAGGUGAAAAGCGAAAAGCAAACAGCAAAUGUUAAACCGAUGGCAAACAGCACACACUAUAAUACACACACACACACCUAGGACACCCGUAGGCACACACUUAACUCCUCCAAGGCUUAACCCCUCAUGACCCGCAUAUUGCACAGGAUUUGAUUUUGUGAGAGCCAUCGCUUAGUUGCUCAAUUAUAUCAGGGCUGUACUCUCCGCUCCUGACAGGACACGCCAUUUCAAAUGCAGAUGCAGCUGGGAUUUCUCCCAGUGCACUUGCAUCUCUCGCUUCCUCUAGCUGUCAUCCGAAAAGCCCCAGCUUAAGAUGUCCUUGUUGUUUGUUUAUGCCUUUUAGUUGAAUUAGCCAAGAAUUGUUUCUGUUUCUGUUUCUGCUUCUGUUUCCAUUUCCCUAGAGUUAUGUAUUAAUUUGCAUUUCCGUUAGCCAAAAGCCAGCUGGCAACUUAAAGUUGUCAAGUCCCCCGAAGAACAACACCCCCAAAAACCCAUAAUAAAGACACUAGUCGGCAAGGAAACUGUUUUUUGGGGUAUAAUGGGAUGGGUGACAUCGAUAUUCCUCGGAUUAAGCUUGUUUUAAAGCUAAAUAUUAGGGGAACUAUCAAGUGAUAGCCUGAGCUAUAUCACCCAUCCCCAUAUACUCCCAAAGUGCUCCAUCGGCUAGGGUUACUAGCUAAAUAAUUGCCAUGUUAAGAUGGCUUCAAUUGAACGUAGCUUAAAUGUUCUCUGUAAUAAUUAAAGAUAUAAAAAUACACGCACUCAACUAAGAAAAUGAAAUAGAAAAUACUACAGUUCCGACCAGCAGCUGCUUAUUCAUCUAGUUACGUAAGCUUUCGCCAUAUGGUUUACUUACGCUCUUACGCUCUACUAGGAGGGAGUCACGUUACUAAGGCAAAUACCGAAACUGGAAAACUAUGAAGGCAAAGGAUCUCUGUCUGCAUUUUAAUAAAUAUAUAUUCCCGAAAAGGCUGCCAGGCAGCCUUUAGACACGCACACCCACAACACACACUCAACACACACAGACACACCUAGAGUUAUCCUGUAUUUCGAGUAGAUUAUAAAGCUAAGGGGGAGAGCAGGAGCUCUCCGAUGUCACUACUAUAACUAACUGAAUGUGUUUCAUGUUUAUCAUAUAUGUGUAUGUGAGUGUAUGUCUAUGACUAAACGUAUAUUUUGUCGUCAAAUUGAAAACUAACUGUAACUGUAACUGUAACUACAAACGCUAUUAACAACAGCAGCGGAUGGAAGGAAGGAGUGUAAGGACCCUCGGGCACACACACACACACAGAGAAGCCACAAAGCAAAACAAAUUGUCUCAUUCACUCCACAUACAUAUGUCUCACUCUUUAACUCUAUAUAGAUGUAUCUCUGUCUCUGUCUUAUCCUUAGAUAUACUCUAGCGUAUGUAUGACUGUAUGUGUAUACGGAAGCAAAGGCAAGCAACAAAUUCGAAACUAAUGGGUAUUCGUAUUCGAAAAAAACAAGCAAAAUGCCACAAAUAUCUGCUAAGACACACUCACACUCACACACUAACACACACUACUAACACCCACACCAGCACCCUCCUCCCCCUAACGAAGGGAAGCGGGGCGUGGCACUAUAAGACAAGGCUAAGAAACCUGAGAAACAGGCAGACAACCGAAAGCAGAAAUUCAAUUUUUGUGAGGAGACAGCAGAAACAUAAAGCAAAAAAAAAAAAAACAAGAAAACCA